AUUUCCUACAGCUCUAGAAGGCAUCAUGUGAGAGCAGCUGACGCAGAGAAACAGUUUGCAAUCAGUCUGUUGUCGCCUGUUGCUCCAACCAGUCUAUCAAACAGUUCAUUGCAAGCCAGGGGUCAGAUCCCGGUGCGUUCACAGCUGUCCUGUCUUAAAUCACAGCGUGUUUAUUCGCUACUUCGCGAUUUCAACACAAUGCAGCAAACUACGACACAGUGAGAUGGAGAAAACCUCAGCAGAAGAUGACUGCGUGGAUUCAGGAGCCGAGACUGGAGGGUCUGAUUACAGUCCCUUGUCCUCAACGAGCAGUGAGUUAUCCAUGGGCGAGCUCCAGGAUCCUUUCCUCGUCAGCGUCCACCUCAUCGCUGACCCCGGCCAGGGCAAGUUCCUGCAGCGCGCUGCAGAUGCUGUCUUGGCAUGGGUUCACCCCGAGCUGCAUCUCUUCAGAGUCUCGGAGCGUGCCUCAGUCUACCAGCCACCCUGGCCCAAGCGCCAUCAAAACAGCAGCCAGACUGCAGCCUGCCAACCGGCACUGGCGGUCAUCUUGUUCCUCCAGGAGGCAUGCGGCGGCGAGGAGCAGAUAUUGAUGCUGCACCGCGCUCUGCAGCAGCCGCCAUGGCGCUACCACCACACUGAGGAAGUGAGCAAUGGCCGGCGGAUGCUACCACUGACACCAUGCAGUCAGGACUUUUUCACUCUGGCUCCUGGCACGCCGCUCUGGGCCGUGCGGCAGGUCCACUAUGGGAAAGAAAUAGUGCGAUUUACUAUUUAUUGCCGCCAUGAAAAUUAUGUCGACAUGGUGCGGCUGUACAAGCUGCUGCUUCAGCGCAGAGUAGCGCAGAAGAAAGAGGACUUUUGCUUCUUUGUGGUGUACUCUAAUCUGGAUAUGGAGAUCCAGAUGUCAUUUAAGAGGCUCCCGCGAGGUCAGAGUCCAGUGACACUGGACUCAGCAGUGAUGGAGGUGAGGGUACGAGACGUGGGGGCACUGGUGCCCCUGCUGCCAAAUCCCUGCAGCCCAAUCAGUGAGGUGCGCUGGCAGACAGAGGACUACGAUGGAAAUAAGAUCCUCCUGCAGGUCCAAAGCCCUCACUUCAAACACAGACAACAUCCCUCCCUCACAUCCAUUGUCCCUGAAUCAGCCUCAGCUCCAACCACUUUCACCCGCAGCGCUAGCUCCUGCAGAAACCACCACUAUCAUCAUCGGCCGACAUCCCGUCCCCGAGUCCAGCACCACCCCUCCCACAGCUCCCUCCCUCUGGCCUGUGAGGAUCUGGACGAGCAGGAGCAAUGGACUGACCGGUGCCACCCAGACAGCUGGAGGGCCCAGUGGAAAGGCCACCGGUCCAGCUCCCUUUUCUCUCUACCCAACCUGGGCUCGGCCAGCUCCCACUCCACCUGCUCCUCUCCUGGGCCUCCUCCUCCCAGCCCCCACCACAGGAGUCACUCCCUCAACAGGUGCUCCUCCCUCAUCCCACCCUUCCGGCUCAAUGUGGAUGCUCUUAUCGGGGCAGAGGAGACGGAUGUGGACACAGGGAAUAAAGUAAACCCAGGCAGCAGUGUGGACUUGACAGUGGUGUCUGCAUACAUCAAACCCAGCCUGCCGCAGAUUUCUCGACCGUUGUCCGCGCCACCUGAAGACAUCGGCUCCUUCCUCUUUCCUGGCACCCUGGAGAGCACCUACAAGGCAGCCACACUUGGCCGGACUACUGUUCCUGUCAGAACAAAAAGCUUCACACCCUCUACCUUCCUGGGGUCACAUCCUCAGAGCACCUGCAUGAACACCAGUGCUGCUCCAUCUCUGAGCAACGUUUCCGUAAACCACUCAGACACGUGCAGCAUUAUUAGUGCACCAGUAGAAGAGGCAGACAAAAUAGAAGAAGAAGACCAAGAAUUCUACAUUUGAUCAAUUUAAUAUAAGCUGAAGUAAAUCACUGAGGCCAGUAAUGACUGACUCCAGAGUUAACACAACUCUAUUCUUCCCCCUGGUGUUUGAAACUGACAGUAUGAACUGGAGCACAGCACAAACUGUAUUUAAUGUUCUCAUGUAUUUGUCAAUGUUGCUUUUUUUUUUGCUUGUAGAUGUAAGCUAGAGACACCUUGUAAAUGUCAGGUUAUAUAAGUAAAUGACAUCAUAUUUAAAGGACUAAUCACUUAACUGUACAGACACAGUAUUCAAUAAAAUUAUUUCCCUUUCA